UUACGCAUUCUUCGUAGGAUAUUUUGCGCAGACUGUAUUCAGGAGUCAGGCGCCGUCAUGUUACCACCGUGGGGCCGUAACCUAGACAGAUGCGAGGACAUAGAGUGACGUUGUGUUGCUGCGUUUAACGUUACCUCUACUACCACUGAAACCUCGUUGUUCUCAACGACCUGAGAUUUCCUAGCUUGUUAGCUACUUCUGCAAUUGUUUCAUGUCAAUUAAAAUAAUGAAUUGUAGCAUCACGUUCACUACCAUAAUCAACAGGCAGUGUCUGAACAAUCAGUUCCGAAAAUGAACAAAGCUGUCCUAACCAGAGAGUGAAGCAGACAUUAACUAGCUUGCUACAUUAGCCUGCUAGGUGUUGUUGCCUGCGGUAUCCGCGUCUCCGACCAGAGAGUGUGAAACAAACGCUGGGCGGUGAUGGACUUUCCAGGGCACUUUGACCAGAUCUUCCAGCAGCUGAACUACCAGCGUGUGCAUGGGCAGUUAUGCGACUGUGUGAUAGUGGUGGGCAGCCGCCACUUCAAAGCGCACAGAUCCGUCCUGGCGGCCUGCAGCACACACUUCCGUGCCCUCUUCACUGUUGCUGAGGGUGAUGCCAGUAUGAGCAUGAUCCAGCUGGACUCGGAGGUGGUUACUGCUGAGGCCUUCUCUGCACUCAUCGACAUGAUGUACACGUCCACACUCAUGCUAGGCGAGAGCAACGUCAUGGAUGUACUGCUGGCCGCUUCACACCUGCACCUCAAUGCCGUGGUGAAGGCCUGCAAGCACUACCUGACCACGCGUACCCUGCCGCUCUCGCCCGCCAGUGCUGCUCAGCACCCGCUGCACCACGCGGAGGCGCCCAAAGGGGGCGCUGGCGGCAGCAGCAACAGUGGCAGCCCCAGCUCUCGCCUGCAGCGCUCCUUCCUGCUGCAGCAGCUCGGCCUCAGCCUGGUCAGCUCGGCCCUCAGCGGCGGAUUGGUGGAGGAGGGCAGAGAGGGUGGCGCCAUCGAGCAGCGAGCAUCCUUCCCUAACCGCCGCCUGCACAAGCGCAAGCCCAACCUGUCCCUGAUGGGCUCCGAGGCCGAGAGGGCCAGGCAGCGGCUGCGUCCGGCGUCCGCCUCCGAGGGGCUGCUGUGUGGCAACGCAGAGGGCAGCAGCACCACAGAGUCCGGCCUCCUCUCGCCAGACUCCCACAACAAGGUGGGCGAGGACUCCAAACCGGACAUCGUCGCAGGAGUCACUGCCAUGGACGCUGUGGCCAGCAGCGGGGCGGACUACGGCCGCAGGUCCGUGGCCCAGGAGGACGCCCAGAUGCCCAGCCAGUCGGACGGGGGCAGGAGCGGCGGGGGGGCAGAGCCCAUCGGCAAGGAGGAGUACAUGGACGCUGACGGAGAAGGGCAUCUCCAUGGAGACGGCCAGGGGAAGGAGGGGGAGGACGACAAGAUGCAGGUGGUGGUGAAGAGCGAGCCGGUGAGCUCGCCCGAGCCUCACGACGCAGGCAGUGAGGGAGCCUCUCCGCUAGAGGGCGCCGACCAAUCAGAGCCGUGCGUGGAGAAGAGUGAGCUGAGCCCUGGCGUGAGUGAGCGCAGUUACAGCACCCCGCAGCCCAGCACCGAGCGGCUGCAUCGCGAGAGGGAGCGCGAGAGGGAGCGAGCGGGGGAGGCGCAGGGCAGCAGCAGCCUGGAGCCUGGGUCACCGGGCUUCCGCAUCUCCAACUUCUUGGGCGGGAGGAGCUUUGGGGACGACGUGCUUGGCAGCGGGGCCUCCUCGACCAACGAGGGCCGAUUCCUGCUGGGAGCCGGCGACGGGCUCAACUCCUCCUCUCUCCUCCUCUCAUCCCCACACCUGCUCCAGGGGGAGGCGCAGAGCUUUGGGGAGGCACAGGCCGAAUCGCUCUUUCUGCGGCCGGUCCACGAGAGCUCGCUCGGCCUGCAGAGGGCUGGCGCUGCGCCCGACACGUUCGCCCUCGACUUCCAGCGCUCCAGCCUGGGCCUCCACUCGCUCCCACGACUCCCCCGAGCACAGAACACCGCCGCAGGAACGGUAGGUUUCGCAGGUUACCGCCGCAUCGCCCCCAAAACAGCGCUGGGGGAUCCUCAGCACCAGGACCCUUCCUCCUCCUCCUCCUCCUCGUCUGCGUCCUCGUCGGGCGGAUCAGUGCUGCUGAAUGGCACGGCGGCAGGCUUUGAGGGGGGCUCGGGCUUUCCCAACCACCCCCAGCUCACGCGUGCCUCCGCCGACGUCCUGUCCAAGUGCAAGAAGGCGCUCUCCGAGCACAACGUGCUGGUGGUGGAGGGAGCUCGCAAGUACGCCUGCAAGAUCUGCUGUAAGACCUUCCUCACCCUGACGGACUGUAAGAAGCACAUCCGCGUACACACAGGGGAGAAGCCCUACGCCUGCCUCAAGUGUGGGAAGCGCUUCAGCCAGUCCAGCCACCUCUACAAACACUCUAAGACCACGUGCCUGCGCUGGCAAAACAGCAACCUGCCCAACGCCCUGCUCUAGAGUCCAGCCCAAGAGCGUGAAGCACGAGGACACACACAGCUACACACACAUGCUUACAACUCAUCUGAACAAGAACAAGAACUCAUACACUUCUCCAAAGAACACGUCCCUGCAAAAACAGUCCUAUUUAAACACAGAGGACACUCACACUCUUUGACACAAACACACUGGACAACCUAACCUGCUCUCACCUUUUCUCUGAACAAGGAUAGUCAUGGCUUUGGUGUGUGACUGUGAUUCUGUUUCCUGUAUCCUGUUUUGAAUCACACUUUCAUUAAAUGAAAAGUUACUGAGGUGGCCCAUGGGUGGUGGUAGAAGAUGAAGACUUUCCUGAAAGACUCUCUGAGGGGAGAUGAGGUUUGUUGUUAUGACCUGACGAGAGCAUUCAUGUGUAAAUGCCUUUGAAACUGAAAGCACCUUUUAAAAAUUAUUGUUUUAGCACUAAGGAAGUAAAAGUGAUGAUGUUGCUUCCUUCAUAGUUUUUAUCAUUUUUUAUUUCCAUGCUGGCACUGAGCUUUUUUUAUUCAUAUGAACUAAAUAGUGUACUGUUUUGAACUGUGUUAAAAAUGAAGUGGAAAAGCAUUUAGAAGAAUUUGUUAAUUAUGAUGUUUCUACUGAACCACGGUAAGAUUUUGUCCCCAUGUCACAGUUACUGAUUUGCACAGAAAGCUCAUUUUUAGAAUGGGCGUAUUCCAAAUCCAGUAUUUUUUCUUUGUGCCCAUAUGUGUGUACAUUGGAACAGCAGUGUGUUUGAGCGCGAUGUUUGUGUGUGUGUGUGUGUGUGUGCGUGGGUGUAGCACCUGGUGCUGAUGCUGAUAUAUCCUACUGUUCUCCUGUACGUAAACUGAGGGGCUGAAAGAGAGGAGGACUACCAACGCCACAUCCUGAUGUAAAUACAGCAAGUGUUCCUAACGAGAAGCUGAUAAACUAUGUGCAACGCUUUUAAGAAAAGUUUUCGUGUGAUGUGAUCAUUUCCGGUGUGUAUCUGCAUUUCUCUGUCAGACCUGCUCGAGCUGUACUGUAUGUGAUAGAAAUGGUUCUUCCUCUUCCAACCAAAAAUCCAGUAACAUUCCUGUAUGGAGGGUGGAGGAUGGGGUGGGUCCAGUCCGGUCAGGCCCCGCAGCGGAGUCUGCCUACCAGACUGGGUCCAUGGGGUCAUGGCUGAGCUAACAGGAGUUAAUGAUUGGUGGAGCAGUCUGGCUAGAACCAGCUCACUCUUUCCAGCUGAGACUGUAUGUGAGCUAAACUACUUUCCCACCCUUCUGGGUACAUCUCUCUCACUGCUCACUCACGCCGUCUCAGAUGGCUGCACCCAGCUGGCUUUGGAGCUCAUCAGUAAACAGCUGCCAAGGUCAAACUGAGCGAGUAGCUGGAGCUGAACUCCACCAGGACCUCUCUUGCUCUUCACCUCCAUGACCACAGGAAUGCCCACUCAUGGUGCUGUACUUGUGUUGAAAAGUUAUUGUCCCUCCACCUCAUGUUGUGCUGUGGUUUUGGGCCUGUUACUGGUUUAAAAUAUGUCAUGUUCAGUAUGAAUCAUUGAAAGUGCACUGUAUGCAAAGGCUCUGUUUGAGUAGAGCGAAGGGGUGAUAUGAAAAACGGAAGUGAUCCCUUGUGGACAUAGUGGGAGUAAACUGCCUUAUGACUCUUACGCUUCUGAAGCCUAGGUCUUAACAUGCCAAAAGAGAAGGAAUGACUCAAUUGAAACAUACUGUAGUAAAAAAGGAAAAAGGACUAGAAAUGUAUUUUUAUUUUGUUGUUCUUUUGUAAGAUGCUAACUAACAAUGAACGUUUUGUUGCGAUCACUGUAUAUCCCAAAAUAAAAGAACUUUUCAAUGGUUUAGUUGUA